AUGGAGUCACGACCAGAAAGUGAUAAAAAGAAGUGGGCCUCGGCGCCCCCUCCACAGCCGCGUGAACAGAAUGGCUCGAGCAUCAACAGCCAGCUUAACGUAGCCAUCAAAUCUAACGACGAUGACAUCAUCCUUUUUAUGCAGCCCCAACGCCAUCACUGCAGCACGAUCUCGCAGCUCUCGGAAGGACUAGCCAUGCAAGACGAGGACUUGCAGCAGCUGAAGACAAGUCUUCGCGUUCGACUGAAGCCAAAGACCCAAGACGAGUCGGAGGAUCCGAAAGAAGACUACUUACGAGUGGCAGUAGGAAACAUGCUCGAACGCAUCGUCUUCUGGGACCAGGAUCGCGCCGUGUCAAUGGAGCAGGACUACGACUGCAAGAAUCUGUCCAUGCUACCCACCAUCGAGGAUCUUACCUUGUCAGAUUCUCGGUACUUGAUCGACCGGUUCAGAAAGGGCCUUUUGAGAUUGAAUGGAUGGGACUGGCGACGGCAGUGGGCGACGCUGGAUGAGGAGACUCUGAGGGGCUUGCUUAGGUACACGCUGCUGCAUGCGAGGCCCGUGCUGGCGUGGGAGCUGGAUCUGACCGCGAUUUGA